AUGGGCCACGAAAAGGAAGACAACAGGCCCUACGGCCUCAAUCUAGAGGAAGGAUCGACCGAAUCCACGGAAACGCUCCAGGUGAAGACAUUGAAGUCCUGGAAAGGAUGGAUCUGGGAUACAUGGGAGCUGCCGCAAGAUCAGCGCUGGUUGUUGUUCAAGGUGGACGCUUUCGUCUUGACCUUUGCUUCGAUUGGCUAUUUCUUGAAGAACCUCGAUCUCUCCAACAUUAACAAUGCCUACCUGAGUGGCAUGGAAGAGGACUUGAACAUGUAUGGCAACCAGCUGGUCACCAGCACGUCGAUCUAUACUGUCGGAUACGUGAUCGGCCAAAUUCCUUCCAACAUGCUUCUGACUCGACUCUCCCCCCGAUGGGUGAUCCCCGCUCUGGAAGUCGGAUGGGGAAUCGCCACCAUCGCCACAGCUAGUGUGAAAUCCUACCGAUCGCUCUACGCCAUUCGCUUCCUGGUCGGACUUUUCGAAUCGGGUUUCUACCCCGGCAUCCACUACCUGCUCGGUUCGUGGUACACGCCGCAGGAGAUCGGUAAGCGCGCUAUGAUCUUCUGGCUUGCUGGGUCGGUCGGAACGCUGUUCAGUGGCUUCCUUCAGGCAGCCGCCUACACGAACCUGAGUGGUGUGAACGGGUAUGCGGGCUGGAGAUGGCUUUUCAUCAUCGACGGGAUCAUCACCCUGCCGCUGUCUGUCGCCGGCUUUCUCUUCUUCCCCAACCUACCCCAGGACGGGCAGAAGACGUGGUGGACGACGGAAGAAGAGCACGUUCUUUCGGUGAAACGCAUGCAGGCCAUUGGACGUGCUGGCCAGGAACCCUGGACGGUUGCAAAGGCGAAGCGAAUCUUCCUCAGCUGGCAUACCUAUCUCCUGCCGGCGAUUUACAUUCUCUGGAACAAUGCCUAUCCCCAGGCUGGCAUGGGCUAUUGGCUCAAGAGCUUCGACAAGACCCCCGAGCCUGUGCCGGGCACCACGUUCACCGUCCCGCAAAUUGACAACUAUCCAAAUGUCACUACUGCUAUUUUCAUUGUCGUGGCCCUGAUAUGGGGGUUCUUGUCCGACGGACCUUGUCACGGGUCGCGAUGGCCUUUUAUCUACAUUGGCGCAGUUGUCUCGCUCCUGUUCGUUCUCCUCCUGCGGCAGAUGCCACUCUACUCGAACAUCUCCGGUCGGAUGGCAGUGUAUUGGCUCAGUAAUAUCGGGAACGGGGCCGGUCCUCUUAUCCUGAGUUGGAUCAACGAGAUCUGCUCGGCGGACACAGAGAAGAGAUCUCUGAUCCUUGCGAUGGCCAAUGACCUGGCAUAUGUCGUGCAGGCAGUCGCUCCAAACUUCGUCUGGAAGACCACCGACUUUCCCGCGGCAAAGAAGGGAUAUCUGUUUUCUGCGGUCCUGCAGAUUCUUCUCAUGAUUGCGACAGCCGCCACACAAAUACUGCUUCGACGGGACCGAAAGAAGGCCGAGGAGGAACAGAGGCUCAGGGAGUCGCAAGGGAGCGACACUUCAACACAGGAGGAGAGUCAAGCUGUCGAGGGGAAAACAUUCCGCACGGAAGUAGUUACAUUAGGCGAUUAGAGCGAAUAGAUGAAUGACCAAAGAAGGGGCUCCACCCGACGUGAAGGACUUUGUUUCUGGAGCAGAUCUGGGUAGAGUAGGAUUAGACUAACAUGAACACGCACUGAGAGCGCAUUGCGCGGAAAGUCAGAGAAACAUAUCAUCAGGAACAGGAACAGGAACAGGAUCCUGAAUCAUGCGAUUGCAAGAAGCCACUACUGGUAGGAUGGUGUCUGUCGGACAAUUUCCCGCGCCGCGGCCUCGA